CAGUUGUACCCCAUUCAAAAGGUGGGGUUAAACGAGUGUCGAGUUUGAGACAUUUUUCAAAAUUCAAAAUCUGAAAGAAGAUUGAGAGAAAAUGUCGUCAGUGUCAGGUUUCUACAAGCAGAAGAAAAAUGCCAACAAAAAAUCUUCCAAGUCCAAGAAACCUCCGAUCCACGCCGCCACUUUCGAUUCCAAAGUCGCCAAACCAUCGCCCCUCUUAUCCCGCAACGCCAACCCAGAUCUCCAAGAUGAACACAACGAAAGCGAGUCGGUGCUGCGUCAAUUUGACAUGAACAUGGUAUAUGGCCCUUGUAUGGGGAUGACUAGGCUCGCACGCUGGGAGCGUGCCACCAAACUUGGCUUAAACCCUCCACAAGAAAUCGAGAACCUUUUGAAAAGUGGUAAAGUUCAACAGGAAUCCUUGUGGGACACUCUUAUUUAGAAUAACUUAAAAACUAAGUGUAAUAGCUUUUGACUUUACAUGUUUGUUUAGGUUUUGCUUAGGGUAAUCAGUUUCUGGCUGUGACCCUCUUCCCCGUUAAUGGGUCCUCUUUGUUUUGUUAACUUGAUUUUCCUAUGUUGUUUAGUGACUGUGGUUUCUUUAACAAAGAAUCUUGAUUUAUAGUUAUCAAUGUUGUUUGACGGC